AUGUUGUCCUCCGAGGAGAAGAAAGAGAAAGAUCAAUUCUUCAAAGACCUUUAUCGACUGGACGGUCUUGACGAUGAGGAAAGCGCAAAGAAACCAAAUGUGUCAGGGAAGCCCCCUUUGCGAUCUCCCCUGCAGCAAAAAGCCAAAGCACAGGGAGCCGAGCCAACUUCGAAAAUGAAUGUCUUGGGGAGACAGUUGCGGAAGAGGAAGUUGUCACAAACAAGCCUAAAUCUGGAGCAAAGAUCAGCCCGGCAACCUUCUCGCCCCAAGGCGCCCGCUGCACCGAACGUACCUCAGAAGAACCCUUCCCGGACGAACAGAAACGUGACAGACCUUUCAAAUUUAGAAGCACGAAUGAAGGGAUUGGGCUUGCCCAAAUUGAAACCUCUGCCAAAGCGAACUACGAUGGGGUACAUGCCUCCUAAUAGGCAGAUCUUCAAAGGGCUUGUGUUCUUUUUCGUGCCCAACAAUGACGAUGACCCUCUAACCCGCAUUCGAAUACACCAAUCUAUCCGGUUUGGUGCUCAGUGGGCACAUGAGCUUGAUGAUGAAGUCACACAUAUCAUCGUUGCUCAAGACGACUUGGAUAUGAUAGGUGUGGCCAAAUGCUUGCCCGGCAGACAGAUACCGAAAGGCCCAGUGAUUUUGCGGCAGAGGUGGCUUUUGGAAAGCUGGGCUUCUGGAUUUCUCAUCGGAACGCAUUGGAAUCGCUUCAAGGUAGCAGGCAUGGAAACUAUCACCGACUCAAGCCGCUGUCUUGGUCCACCUGUCAUGGACAACAGGGUGACUACUUUCAGCCCAAGGAUUGAUAGAUCGCGUCAGAUUACGAACGGAUCAACGGGGAGCACUAACCUUCAGAGGAGGUCUGACGCCGAAACCAAGGACUUAAACUCAAAAGCUGGAAGGAAAAUUGCUGAGGAUGCCCUUGCUAUCGCGAUAAAAGAUGUCCAAAAUGGUGCGGAACUGCACUCUGACACUGGUGAGGACUCUGGGCACGAUGAUGGACCGAAACGUCGAGGCACCCUGCAUAGGGAAGACCCCGAGAACGGAGCCCAAACGAAGACUGCCCGUUUCUCGUGCCUAGAAAGCAACACUGGGACAACCCGCACCCAAAAUCCGAAUGCUGACACCAUCUCGAAGCUACAAGAAAUGGCAACCUCUUAUGACCAAUCAGGCGAUCAAUGGCGGACCAAGGCCUUCCGGCAAGCUGUCGGAAAACUUCGUAGGCAAGAUCAGAAGAUUCGAACGAUUUCUGAAGCCCGUGAAAUCGGUAUCGGCGAGAGUAUUGCAGCGCAAAUCGAAGAGAUCGUUUCUACCGGAAGUUAUAGACGGCUCGAGUAUGCUAAGAACGAUCCGAGAAAUCAGAUUAUUAAGCUGUUCAUGGGAGUUUAUGGAGCCGGAGAGACAACCGCAAAGAGGUGGCUCGCUCAAGGUCAUCGGUCCCUGGAAGAUGUCUAUCGAAAAGCUGAGCUGACUGCAAAUCAACGCGUGGGUAUCGAGCACUACAGAGAUUUCCAAAAGAGAAUCCCUCGCAGCGAGCUCGAGCAACACGCUGCAAUCGUGGAGAGGGCUCUCAAGUCUGCGGAUCCAAAGUUUCAGCUGAUCAUAGGGGGCUCGUAUCGACGAGGCAGCAAAGAUUCCGGAGAUAUCGACUGCAUCAUCUUUAUGCCCGAGGCCGGAAUUAGCCAUAUUCGCACACUGAUGCUAGAAACUGUCAUUCCUAGUUUGAUGGCGCAAGGUUUCCUGAAAGUGGCACUUGCUGGCGGUCAUUCCUCAAGUGAUGAUUCGUCGAAGUGGCAUGGAGCAUCUGCCUUACCGGGAUGUGAUGUUUGGCGCCGAAUCGACUUCCUCUUUGUGCCUUGGACGGAACUUGGAGCAGCAUUGCUCUAUUUCACAGGGAAUGAUCUGUUCAACCGGAGUAUCAGAUUACUUGCAAGUAAAAAGCAGAUGAGAUUGAACCAACACGGACUGUUCAAAGACGUCAUGAGGGGGCGUGGACGGCAGCGAGUCAAUGAUGGGACAUUGCUCGAGGGACAUGACGAGAGGCGGAUUUUUGAGAUUCUCGAAGUCCCAUACCGACCACCUGAGGAACGGAAUGUGUGA